CGAUCAAGUUCAAGCCUUCCACCUCUCCUCAUUACACUAUAUAUUUUUUUCUGUUGAUCGUACUCAGACUGACAAUAUAAAAAAUAAAAACCGUGUGUGUUUAUGAGAAAAUAUUAAAUAAAAAUCCAAUAACCAUGUCAUCGAGUGUGCUGACCACGACGAACCACAACAACGAUCUAUUCCCCACCACCAUCAACACGGCGACCAAGAUCUUUCGCUAUCAGCACAUAAUGCCGGCUCCCAGUCCAUCGGCUAAUCAAAAUCAACCGGGUGGAAUGCCCAUCAAGACCCGCAAGUAUACGCCCAGGGGCAUGGCGUUGGCCGGUAGAUCCUCCUCCGAUUCGGUAUCAUCCGCAUCCAUAUCGCCUGGCUCCUCGCCGGCUCCCUACAACGUGGACCAAUCGCAGUCUGUCCAGCGACGCAAUGCUCGCGAAAGGAAUCGGGUGAAGCAGGUGAACAAUAGCUUCGCCCGGUUGCGCCAACAUAUCCCACAGUCCAUCAUCUCGGAUCUCACCAAGGGCGGUGGUCGAGGUCCGCACAAGAAGAUAUCCAAGGUGGACACGCUGCGCAUUGCCGUCGAGUAUAUACGCAGACUUCAGGAUCUGGUGGAUGAUCUGAACGGAGGAUCUUCCUCUACUCCGAGUGGAGUUUCCACCGCCCAGUUGCAACUUUGUCUGGAGGACGACGAAGAUGAGGAGUGCAGCAGCCACAGUUCCAGCAGCAGCAAUUGCAGUGCCUACUAUCAAAAUUCAGCGACGACGAAUGCUAAUCCUCUCCAGCAACAGCAGCAAUUGCAGAGGCAACAGUUUAACCACCAACCGCUGACAGCCAUCUCCUUGAAUAGCAAUUCCUUGUCUGGAAAUGGAAAUGGAGGCGCAACAAUUACUACCAGCAAUCAGCAGACCACCACCACCUGCCACUCACCCACCUCCUCCUUCAACUCCAGCAUGUCCUUCGAUUCGGGAACCUAUGAGGCGGCUCCCCAGCAACUGUCCAAUCAUCACCUGGAUCAUCUGGAUCAUCAUCACCAUCUUCAUAACGAUGGUCACUCGCAACUCCAGCUGAAAUUCGAGCCCUACGAACACUUCCAAUUGGACGAGGAGGACUGCACGCCCGACGACGAGGAGAUUCUGGACUACAUUUCUCUCUGGCAGGAGCAGUAAAUCCUAAAGGUCCUGCAAAACACAUCCCACCAUCCUCCUGUUCUCUUCUAGUCAAUGUUGAGUUGAACCAAGUGCCUCAAAUUGUAAAUAACACUCAUAUGCAGACACACACACAUUUUU